AUGCUUGAGAGAGAUUUGCUUCUGGGAAACUGCCUGGUCGACGUUUAUGGCAAAUGCGGCAGCACAGUCGAUGCUCAGCUCGUCUUUGAUGCGGUUCUAACAAGAGAUUCGGUGACUUGGAUAUCACUGCUCGCUGGCUACAGCCUACACGGCGACGCUCGCCUCGUGUUUGAGUUUCUCCAGGCCAUGCAGGACGAUUCUUGUCGACCAAAUGCGGUGGCUCUCCUCUACGAUCUAGCUGCGUGUAGUCGCUCGGGCCUGGUUGACGAAGGGAAGCAGUGUUUGGAGGCAGCUGUAGCAAGGGGUGGUAUUGAGCCAGGGAUUCAACAUUACAGUUGCAUGGCAGACUUGUUGGGACGUGGUGGUGGAGUGGAAGCUAUGGUGGAAGCGAUGCCUCGGUCCUGGGAGGGGAACUCUGUGGCAUGGACGAUGCUACUGGAUGCCUGCCGAAAGUGGGGUGAACGUUGCGGUGGGAAAGGUGGCGUUUGA